AACAUCCUGUCAGGCACCGCUCAGGGCGGAGACUCUCCUCGGCCUUCACUGUAACCGACCGAGCUCCGGUUCCUGUUCGAGUCCCUACCGGAGAACCGAAAAAUGCCUCCAACCUCACUGUAAACCCGGUUCAACAUCUGAAAACACCAGGAGUUCUGCACGCAAGAAAUUAUUCACAGUUUGUUCCCUUUGGACUGAGCAGCCGCUGCUUUGUGUCUGCCUUCCUGUGUUUAUCCAGGAAGCAGCCUCAGCCAUGUCGUGCCGGGACAUCCACGCCACCAACGCUUUCUCCUUCAUCAUCGCCUUUGUGUCUGUGGGUGGGAUCGCUGUGGCGGCGGUAAUCCCACAGUGGCGUGUAACCAGACUCGUCACCUUCAAUCGCAACGCCAAGAAUAUCAGCGUGUAUGAUGGGCUGUGGGCUAAAUGUGUGAAGCAGGAUGGCUACUCAGGAUGUUACUACUAUGAUUCAGAGUGGUAUUCUAAGGUGGACCAGCUGGACCUGCGGCUGCUGCAGUUCUGCCUCCCUAUCGGCAUCAUGUUCGGAUCUUUCGCCCUGCUGCUGUGCAUGGCUGGGAUGUGUAAGACCUGCUGCUGCUCAGACAAACCCGAACCGGACAUCAAAACCAUCCGCUUCCUGGUGAACAGUGCCGGAUGUCACCUGGUGGCCGGGAUGUUCCUGUUCCUGGGCGGAGCGAUUCCCUUGGCGCCCUCAGUGUGGUUCCUGUUCCGCACUAAGGAGAUGAACAUCAAGUACGACAACAUUUUCUCCGACGGCUUCGCUGUUUACGUGUCCAUCGGCUGCUCUGGAGGCCUGAUGCUAGCAGCGCUGCUAAUGUUCAUGUGGUACUGCAUGUGUAAGAAGCUGCCGUCGCCUUUCUGGUUGCCUCUACCAUCCAUGUCCAACUCUCUGUCUGCGCAGCCGCUAACCGCUAAUGGAUUCCCUCCUUCGCCGGUUUAUGGACCGCAGCCGUUUCCUCCCACGGUGAUCGACACUCAGCCUUUUGUUCCGUCGCAGGGCUACGCUCAGAGCGUGGUCGCCCCGGCUGCUACACAGGUCUACAUGUCUCAGCUUUCUGCUCCGGAUGGGUAUGGAUCAGAGGUCGGAGGGACUCAGGCCUACAGCUACGCCCCCUCUCAGAGUUACGCUCCCUCUCAAAGCUACGCUCCAUCCCAGAGUUACGCUCCAUCCCAGAGUUACGCUCCCUCUCAGGGCUACGCCUCCAGCUACGCCGGCCACCGCUACUCCACCCGCUCCCGCAUGUCGGCCAUAGAGAUCGACAUUCCCGUGCUGACACAGGCCCAGUGAGAUAACCUCGGCACACCGAAGGCUUCUGUCCACAAACCUCCACACUGAUAAAACUAAUACACUGUGAUGUAUGAACGUUUAUACCAUGAGAGCCAUUUGCAGCCUCUGGAGUGAUAGUUUCAGAAAUUCUUUCAGGCAGAUCAGCUCUGCAAAUUGCUGAAUACAGAAGAUGAGAGUCUGUCAGAACUACCCUGGAGCUGCUUUAUGAAGGACAACAUUUUCUUUUAUGUGAUGAUUACUGAAGUGCAGACGCUGUGUUCAGCUCACUGUUGUAGAAAGGAGAGAAACUUUAUUUACAGCCAAAUACACUUAAAGAUGCCUCAAUCAGCUGGCUUGUUUCACUAUUUUACCAGCAGAGCAGGACCACUAAAUAAUAAUUCCUCACUUGCUGACAUGACCAAUGAACCAACUUAUUAACUACGGUGACUGAUAUUUAAUAGGUUGUUUAACCCUCUGAACUCCAAACGAUUUCUGGGCCAUUUUUUUUAACCUCUUGUCACAUUUUUCCUCAUUUUUCACUGCAAUAUAAACUUGUGUACAACCAUAAAGAAGCAGAGAGAACUCAAAUGUCUCCUGUGCAGAAUGACACACUUACAAUGACAUAAAUCAUAAAAAGGGACAAAAAAAGUAGAAUUUUGUUGAUCUAAUUGUACAAAAAUGUAACACUUUUGGAAUCAAAAUGUACAACUUUAAAUUUUUUAUUUUUUUAAAAAAUACUGCAAAAAUGCUGGCUCUAAUGCUAUUUUUUCAUUUGAAUAUUCACAUUUUUUAUUUGUUUUCAGACUCAUCUUCGAUCUGCUACAUGUAAACUCAUCCUGCAGUUCAGCUGAAAAGUCUAGGAAUUUUUGACAUGUGACUAUUGGUUGUAGCUGAGUCACUGAUAGUUUCCUAGUUGGACCGAGGCACACAGAAUUUUUAGCUUUUUACAGAAUCUGAACAUUGCGAACCAUUAAUUUUUAAACAAGACAUGUAGAAUAAAGGAAUUUCGAUUUGGAGUUUAGAUUUGGUUAAUCUUCCCAACAGAGCCGUACGUCACACGAUACUUUCAAGAAACAUCAGAAAGUUGAAAAUCUGCCAGUUGCUUCGGUUUGUUUUCGUCUAAUCUAAUUUUGCCACUUUAAAAUAAAAAACGACAUGCCUUUUAAACCUGCUGGCGGGUUUUGGGGUUCAGAGGGUUACUUUAAAUUCUUGACAUUCACUAAAGAAGCACAGCUGGUCCACAAAAUUAUUAUUUCUGUUACAUUUUUUGUUGGAGAUGUUACCUUCAUGUGCUUUUGCUUGUUCCAAUCAUGCAGUAUGGAGGUAUUUCUGUUAUUACUACUGCAUGGACACACAGACAGAUUAUUCUACUGUUUUUUAGUCCUAUAUGUACACACUAGAUCACCAUGUAUGUAUUCCAGAAUCAGAGGGUACACGAACGCCUGAAUAAAGACUUUAGAGAGAAAUUUACUCAGGCCUUUUAGGAUCCUAGCAUCUCUUUUAUACAGUAAAUAUAACACUAGCUUAACACUGACACUGGUAUUUACUUUAUAUUCUGUGGUCCUGAAUGGGAAAAUACUAACUACCAAGCCGUGUUUCUGUAAUUUAUUGCCAAUUUUGCUCAGUUCAGGUAGUUUUUUACUUUUUCUAUAAAGGGUUAAUCCGCAUAUAGAUUUUUCUGACAUUUUCUCUUGCAUACAUGGAGAAAGAUGUGUUUGUUUCUUUGUCUUUAUUUUCUUUUUUGUGCCACAUUUCAGACGUUUGCCUCGCUUCAGAGUUCUAUGGAAUCACGGCUACUGAUGACCCGUUUGUAUUUUUGUUGUUGAAUAGUGUCACGGUGCCCUGUGAAAAGCAGCUGUUAUAUAUAUAUAUAUAUAUAUAUUUUUUUUUUAAAUGCACUAAUUGUAUGAACACUGUGUCAGUUUACAUCACCUUUGCUCCCUAAUUGUGCUGAGUGUUUUUUUAACUGUAUUGCUUCUAACACAUUAAUCAUUUACUGUAACAAACACUAUCUGAUGUCAAAAAAUGAUGAACCCCGUUAGCUGUCAAAGCGGACGUUUGAAAGCAGUUUUGAUUCUAUUACUGUUGUGACUUUUUGUCUCCUCUCAGCUGAUUAAUCAGAUCCUGAUAAAUUGUCUGAGGUGUUUUGUUUUUGCUAACUUUGCUGGAAAUGUGACAUUGUUCAGUGAAGUUUAAGCCAAAUUAAGUGUCGCUGCCUUUUGAUCAAUGUGUUCUUCUACAAUGUGGAAUCAAUGAAAUAGUCUAAAGAAAGCUGUUUUUUUUUUUUUUUUUUUACACUGUUACCUUUUUGUUUUCAAUAAAACAUAACCACAGAAUAAUAAGUGUGAGUUCAUAUAAGCAGGAACAAGAAUGACAAAGCAAUUUAUUAACUGCUUCAUGGUAAUCAAUCCAGUUGACACCCUGCCAAGCUUAUUUACUGCAAGAAGUCAUGCGAGUAAUUUGUUUGUCCUCACAACAAAACAGGCAAAAACUGAGCAUCGUUUUAGUCGGACUGACUUAUAAACAAUCUGCUCUGGUGAUGGUUUCAAUUUAUUAGAUAAAUAGCUUGAAGAAUCACUCAUUUGUGGUGUUAGAAAAGUUAUCAAUUAGAAAUCUCAUCUUUUACAAAUGAAUUAUCAGAAAAUAGUAGAAAACAUCCAUCACAGCUUUGAUUAAUAUCAACUCUGCAUCGUUUUAGUUAUAUAUAAUAAAUUAUUUUUAUUUGAAAAGCA